GACAGUUUGGAAAACGUAAACAAAUCGCACACAGCAUGUAAUUAGUUCUUCAUCUUCACAUGUGCUAUAUUAUUUAUUUGCGAAACAUUAUUAUUUUAUUCUGUUUUGCAAUAUGAAAGUGCAGAAACAGAAACGUUAUUUUAUGAGCGAAAAUGGCAAUGAAACAGAAAAGAAGAAGGAACCUGAGACUAAAACUAAAAAAAUUAAAGUUUAUAACAUUAAAGUAACUCCGGGGAAAUUCAAAUCACAGAAAUAUAAUAAAAAUAAUAACAAAAACAAUCAAAAUAAAAAAAAAGUUAAGAAGGAAUACCCUGGUAAAGCACCUAUUGAUAAGGAGAGGUUAGAGCGCCACUCCCGAGGUGAAGGGUUGAAUCGCAAGGGAAUCAAGCAUCCUCUGCAUGCUGCUAAAUUGAAAAGGAAAGAAAAGAAACUAAACUAUGCUCAAGAGGAAGCAGCCAGAGCAGAAAUAUUGCUAACUGAAGAAAAAGGGUCUUUAGAUGUAGGUGAAGACAGAAAGACCACAGCAAUAACACAAAAAAUUAUAGCUGAGAGUAUAGACAUAGCUGCUGCAACAAAAAUAUUUGAACUGAACCUAGAUUUUGGACCAUACAGGGCAAAGUACUCCAGAAAUGGAAGGCACUUACUAUUGGGCAGCAAAAAAGGGCAUGUAGCUGCCAUUGACUGGAUCACUAAAAAGCUACAUUGUGAAAUGAAUGUUAUGGAAUCUAUUCAUGAUAUAAGUUGGCUUCAUGUUGAAACAAUGUUGGCAGUAGCACAAAAAGAAUGGCUGUAUAUUUAUGACAAUACUGGAAUUGAGUUGCAUUGUUUGAAGAAAAUGGACAAGAUAUUGAGAAUGGAGUUACUGCCAUAUCACUUCUUACUAGCUGCUGUGAAUGAAUAUGGAUUCAUGUCCUGGUUGGAUAUUUCCAUAGGAGAAAUUGUCGGCCAUUACAACAACCGGUUAGGUAGAACCUCAGUUAUGGCACAGAACCCAUACAAUGCUACCAUUUGUCUUGGGAAUUCUAAAGGUGUUGUGUCUCUAUGGUCACCUAAGGUUAAGGACCCUUUGGCAAAAAUAUUGUGCCAUAAGACUCCAUUGACAGCUAUUGCUGUAGAUAGUAGAGGCAUGUACAUGGCAACUUCGGGAGUGGAUCGGAGUAUGAAAGUUUGGGACAUACGGAAUCUAGAUGGACCCCUUCAAGACUACAGACUCAGGAGCGCUCCUGUCGAGCUAGAUUUCUCACAAAAAGACAUGUUGGCUGUUGGUCUCGGUGAAGUUGUUGAAGUUUACCAAGACUGCUGCUCACGCACUGCUGACAGACCUUAUUUACGACACAGAAUGUCCAAAUCAAUAAGCAAUUUUAAAUUCUGUCCGUACGAGGAUGUGUUGGGAAUAGGAACUAGUGCAGGAUUUUCAAGUAUUAUUGUUCCAGGUAGUGGUGAGCCAAAUUUCGAUGCAUUGGAGAGCAAUCCAUUCCAAACGAAGAAGCAGCGCAAAGAAGCCGAGGUCAAAGCACUCCUGGAAAAGAUUCCACCAGAGCUCAUUACGUUGGAUCCAUUUGAAGUGGCAGAAGUGGAUGUACCAACCAUGAAAGAACAAAUGGAAUCGAAGAGAAAACUAUUGUAUGUAAAGCCUAAAAAGAUCGACGCAACGCCAAGACGGAAGAACAAAGGAAAAACUAAUAUAGCAAGAAAGAAGAUAAUAAAAGCGGCUGCCAGAAAGGAAUUCAUAGAAAAGGCUAUAGAAUCCAGGAAAUUAUUGAACCUGCCUGACAAGCAGAAUAAGCCAGCACAGUCGUUUGGUGUUCUAAAUAGAUUUGUAUCUAAGUAAUAAAACCAGAAUUGUAUAUAA